GCACCUGUCAACGGGGGCAGCAACUCAAAAAAACAUACAAGCAACAAGAGAAACUCCUCCGCAUGCAAAAAGCGUACCAUUUACACGCGGGGAGGUAAAAUAAUAGUCUGGCAGUGCACAAGUCCGCGUUGGCCACCGUUGUUUGGUCGUGUUACGGAAUUACGGAAGCUGCUGCAGUCGAAGAAAACAGUGCAAUAGAGGUGUACCAGUGUACGAACGGCAGCAGGCACACUUUUGGAUGUGUUUUGGUUUGCACCACACCAUUCCUCCGCAACAAAUGAUUGGAGCAGCUCUUGCGUACGCAAAGAGUACGUGGAACAUCCGCGCAAGGCGAGCUCAGUAGAAGCAGCAGCAGCAGCAGCAGCAAUACAAUCACACAAAUCGCCAGUCUCCUCUACUGAUAGUGUCCGGCACGUAUUACCGUAAUCAGCGCCAGCGGUAAUGGCGCGCCUGUUGCAUUAGGAAGAGGCGAGGAAAGUGUGGUCUUUUGUGCUGUCGCCUUCUGUUACGAAUCAUAAUACUCCGUGUUUUAGUGUACCGUGUCCUUGUGUGUGUGUACUGUGUAUAUAGAUGAGUGUGUGUGAAUGUGUGUCUGUGUGUGCUUGCGUGCGUGAGCAUCUAAUCGUGUUUUCCUACACCAGAUGAAGGCCCUACAAAAACAAUCCAGAGCAGCGCCCGGUACACAUUCCUCUAUGGUGAAGCGCGCGAUAAGCAGCCGCUAAAAUAAUUUUCCUUUCGACAGAAUCUCAAUCGCGCAAAGGCACUAUCUUGCUGUUGAAGAAAGCAGCAGCAGUGGAAGCCGAACGUGGAGCGAACCGUGAAGUCAGGGGCUCAAUGGUGGCACGGGUUCCCGGGAGUGCCGAUUCUGUGGAGAAGAACCCGAGUGGAGAGGAUUUUUAACACGCCCGUCCUCAGAUACGGGAUGUUGGUUUGGUAGAAUCGUCGACCGUGGUGGUACUAGCAGCUGAAAGCUGUAGUUGUAGUAAACGUAGUGGGUAUAGCGUAUUAUAACGAACUGGCGUUGUGGCUUGCGAACGGACCGUGAAACAGAACAUAUAAAUUCAAAAAGGCCCAUUAUUCCCGACCACCGUACAGCUGUGCGCCAGGCAUCAAAGGCUGGCCGUAUUGUGAUUGCUGCGGGCAAUUCGAAAACCGAAGGACACCGGCAUCCCGCUAUCCUAGCACCUUCCUUUACUAUUACUCGCUGUCUCUAGCUCACCGUUCGUAUCUCCCGCCCGCCCUUCACAAUGCCACUGUUUGGGAAAAAAGAUUCGGGCAAGAAGAUACGCAAGGACGUGAAGGAUGGAUGCGAAAAGAUGCCCAGCAUCGACGACAAGUACGUCAUCAAGGAGCUGCUCGGGACCGGUGCGUUCUCCGAGGUGCGGCUGUGCGAGCACAAAGAAACCGCCCAGCAGUACGCCGUCAAGAUAAUCGACAAAAAGGCGCUCAAGGGCAAGGAAGACUCGCUCGAGAACGAAAUCCGCGUGCUGAAGCGGUUCAGCGCCCGCCGAAGCGACGGCAGCGGGGUACAGAGCGCGGUACCGCCGGUCGGUGGUCCGCGGUUCGCGCACCCGAACAUUGUGCAGCUGCUGGAAACGUUCGAGGACAAAUCGAAGGUCUACCUGAUCAUGGAGCUGGUGACCGGGGGCGAACUGUUCGAUCGCAUCGUCGAGAAGGGUUCGUACACGGAGCGGGACGCGUCCAACCUAAUCCGGCAGGUGCUGGAAGCGGUAGACUACAUGCACGAGCAGGGCGUCGUGCACCGGGACCUGAAGCCGGAAAAUCUGCUCUACUACAGCCCGGCGGAAGACAGCAAGAUCAUGAUCAGCGACUUUGGCCUGUCGAAGAUGGAGGAUUCGGGCUUUAUGGCGACGGCGUGCGGUACGCCCGGGUACGUGGCGCCCGAGGUGCUCGCCCAGAAACCGUACGGCAAGGCGGUGGACGUGUGGAGCAUAGGCGUCAUUUCGUACAUUCUGCUGUGCGGGUACCCACCGUUCUACGACGAGAACGACGCGAACCUGUUUGCCCAGAUACUGAAGGGCGAGUUCGAGUUUGAUUCACCGUACUGGGACGAAAUAAGCGACUCCGCGAAAGAUUUCAUUCGCAACCUCAUGUGCGUAAACGUGGAGAGGCGAUUCACGUGCAAGCAGGCGCUGGCCCACCCGUGGAUAUCGGGCAACGCGGCCAGCAGCAAGAACAUUCACGGUACGGUGUCGGAGCAGCUAAAGAAGAACUUUGCCAAAUCGCGCUGGAAGCAGGCCUACCACGCGGCCACCGUCAUACGCCAGAUGCAACGGAUGGCACUGAGCAGCGGUGGCAGCGGUACGGGCAGUGGCAGUGGUGGCGGUGCGUACGGUCGCAGCUCGUCACGGAUAAGCAAUGCAGCGUCGGCGGACGGUAGCACGGCCGGUGCCGGCGAUGAACAGGCCGGUGCCCAGACGGACACUAACACUACUGCAUCGAGCAGUAAGUAAUAUAGUUGGUCGGACCUAAGAUACGCUCUACUAGCUCUUAAACGGAAGUCGAUGGCGAGGACUUUGCAAAGGCAAAACCUGGCAGUUGUAGUUGUAGUUGUGCGAGAGAUGGAUACAUGUGAUGUAGAUUGCAAGGCCUGUCCACCUUUUGUUUGCGGUUUUACUUACUUGAGAUUCUAUUUACAUAUUCGUGUAACGCGCUAUUGGGCUUAGCGUUUUUCUUCUUCUUUUUUUUGUUAGCUCGUCGACUCUCGUUUCUAAGGGACGUAGAUUAUCCCCGAUUAAAGCACGUGCAGCCGUGUCUCCGUGGGUUUUGCAUAAUCUCGAAUGCAUACAUAAUAAUGAAUCUUACCAGAUCUGCCCCACGGUCGGAGAGACACAUUUCAAUUCCUGAACAUAAUUAUCCAAAAACGCACGCGAGCUCCGUGAGAGCUCCAUUUCAAAAUGGCCAAAUCCACCGAGAAAUGAGGACUGUUAUAUUUGUACAACAUCACCGUAAAAUCCUACCGAUGCAUUGGUGUGUAUUCUGCAAAUGAAUUUAAAAAACAAAACACAAUGCACGACACAACAUCACGAACUAUUUACUCAAGCAGGCUUUCAGUCUUUAGUGGUCUCUGCAUUUACUUUACCGCUUUUACCUAACAUUCCAACGAGUGUUUUUAGCAAAUUGGCAGCUCAUGUACCUUUGAAUUGAAGGGCACAAAACAUUAAACUGCUCCACCAGGCAAUACAUACUUACUCCAGCACCACAAUCCUCUUUGCCUAGUGUAAAGGAAAAAUGGUAGACCUUUUUUGUUCAGACUUAUACGUUCCCAACGUGACUUAAUCAUUCUUGUAAGAAAAUGAACAUUCUUGCUGUGCUCUUAAUAGGUUAGGAGGGUUGAUUUGUUUGCUUAAUUUUGUUUUUUUUCCUGUCCCUAUUUUACUAUGUUGAAGCAGUUGUUGUUAUAAACGUUGAAAGGAUACAUAUGUUACGAAGCGAUUGAACCAGGCUAGUUUACCUACAGAGCGACACGAGCCAUCCACUACAUCAUACACAGGCUAACACAGCAGCGUUGUUGACAUCGAAUCCGUUCCUUCUUUCUAAUAAUAAAUCUGUCGAUCGUUUGCUCGUCCCAUUAACGAUAACAUGCGAAUGGGGCAAAAGAUAGAUGGCCUCCCGCCCUCACCAGGGUCAGCUAAACCGAAUGGUUCUUACCUUCAAAAAUCCGCUCCGUGCUUGUGUGUAAUCUUAAUUAUAGGGUACAUUUUAUGCGUAAUUAAGUAACGCACGUUGCCCGCUAACCGUAAAGGCGCUAAUUGCUCUAGCAUUUUUUGUGUGUUUGAGGUCCUAGGGGGUUUGAGUCUAUCUAGAGCUAUAGAUCGGAUCAGCUGGUCAUUUUUGUUCGAUAGCAGUUGUACAGGCCGAAGGUGAAGUGAUGAACAGCGAUAUGAGCGGUAAAUUUAAGCGGCAUUAGCGCAUAAGCAUUUUACCAGUUUGAUAUUGGAAAAGUGUACGUUUUAGCUGACCCGACUCCGCUGGGAGCAGUCCGUUUUCCUGUUUCUGUCUGCUGUGCGCUGCGGACAAGAUAAAUCACAAUCACAAUAUGUACGAAUAUGUUGAAUGUUUUGUGCUGAAUAUAGUAGCAAGCAAAUACAAAUCAGCAUAGCAUAGCGUUGACGAAUGGCCGGUUUGAGCGGAAGGGACGGUUUGGCAAGCGUGUCAAGCUUUUUUCCAGUAGUUUAAGUAGUCAACAAAAAAAAAACCAUAGCAAAGGAAGCUUGCCGGGAAUGUACUAUUUUACGAGUUGCAGCAAGUUUUAAUCGGUACGCGCAAUUAAAGCAUGUACCGCUUUAAGGCGUUGGCCACGUUACAAGACAAUGAAUUACGAAGUUGGUGUUACGGGCUGGUAAAUGAAACGAACGAUCCACACGCAAGGUGUACUUUGAAUCUCUGCUCCGUCAGGUACGACACGAGCCCAAGGAACAAGGAAAAAACGAAUCCAUAUCAUACAACAUGACGUAACGGUUAAAUCUCUCUGUAGCUCUUUUGAGUUUGUGCCUAUCAGUUCCCUGUUACAACUUUCUCAUUCUGUUUGUGAUCUUAACGUACUUCUUCGACUUUGUUUUGUUUUGCUAAAUUAGACUAUUACCUAUAGAACGUUCGUGUAAAGAUCGCCAAAUUCCAAACACACACAGCCACACAAACAAAUUAGAACAAACUCUAAGCAUUGCUUGUUAUGCAUACAUAUAUACAUAUAUGGUCUUAAACGGUAAUAAUACGAAGAGAAAUAAAAAAAAAAACAGCCACAAAAAACCAUGCUUAUUAUUGACCGCUAGAUUUUAUUUACCAUUGCGAACGGCUUUCGAGAAAUUGUGCGUGAUAAAUGAAGAGUGCUGCCUGCGGCAAGCAAAAGAGAGACCCUAACCUAACAAAAACUAAGUAUAUACUGAAGAAGGCGCAUAGGCAUGUCAUAAUGUAAUAAAUCCAACCAACAGAAAUGGGAACCCCACAAUAUCUUAAGUACGCCCACAUCACUUCACCACACUCACGCACCCAUUCCCAUUCAUUCGCCUCAAUGCUUGCUAACCGGCCAAGUCGUUGUGCAUGUGUUGAAUCUUGUUCACUAACUUGUGUCGCCUUUGUACCGGGAAGCACCAGUGCGGCAGGCUUAAUCGAGAAGAAAGCUGAACAGAAACAAUUCAAACGAAAACAAAAUAUAUUAUAAACGAUUGCAGUACAGCAAGCGCCAACCAACCAUAGUAGGGACACUAGGAAGCAGGUAAAGCGAGGAAGUAAACGGCUGCGCCAUGAAUGUACUCUAAGCAAGAUGGCCGUAGUACUUCUUCACACAUGCGUUAGUAAUGGCGGACGACUCUUUUAAGCAGUGUGAAGUUAGAGAAUCGCGAAAAGGUGGAAGAAAAGCAAAAAAUCACAACAAAACAACAUGAAAGACUUAAGGGAGAACGAGAUAUUAGAGCUUUUAUAUACAAUUUUAUUUCCCUGUUCCAACGUCGGUGAGUGUACAUCCCGUGUUCCAUCGUGGGAAAAGUGUUGCACGGGAGGCUGAAAGAGAAAGUGAGUGCGGAAAAUGGAAGUAGAGCAGAUCCCAGAAGGAUGCCAGGUUGCAAGGCAAAACAACUACUAUUACUACUACAACUACUACUGCUACCACUAUUAACAUUCCACUUCAGUACUGUACUCUAAAGCAAAGACUUAACGGAUACAUCUAGCACGUUGUACUAUACUAACGUUAUCAUUUGUUGUUGUUACGCCGGUACUCUCAUCAUCGUUCUGUUCUGUUCGAGGGAUCCACCAUUCGUUUAGCCGAAUUGUUCCGGGCAGGGUUGCCAUUCUGUACAAAAUUGCCACAAAUUGGUUAGUAUAAUGAGCUAGCUUUAAAAGAUAUCUCUAAGUAGCAAUGACGAUCAUGACGUAAUUUGGUUUGCAAUUGCUCCAAUAACUUCGGCAUGGACUAAAUUAGAUCAGAUAAAAAACAAGACGGAAGGCCUUUUCUUAUAAAUUGCCAGUAAACGUUCUGUUUCGAGUUGGGAGCUCGCCCCGGCAGUUUUCAACAGUUUAACAUUGCCUUAUCAUAAAAAAAAUAUUCUUGGUCAAUCAUUUGGGACGAUCCGGUGGCCGAGGCGAUAACGGCGCCGGUCUGCACACGGCCGGACCGAGGUUCAAAUCCCAUUCAGAUCCAGUCUCCCCCCGUACGCAGGGCUGACUACCUUGCUACCGGUAAAAGUAAGUCACAGAAGACCAGAAAUGGCAGGCCGAGACCUCUCGAGUGCCAGGGCAGAAUGUCCAUCAUUCCUUGAACUUGCUCAACAUGGUAUUCCAAUGCCAGUAUCCAGUGCUUGCUCGUUCAAAGUAGACAUGGCAAAGAUAAGGCCCGCGACUUUCGAGUCCUUUUCAUCUGGCCGGCAAAAGAAUGUUUUAAAGUUCCAUGUAUUGCAUACUUUUCAGGAGGUUUUCUUGCUAACUUUGACAGUUGAUUCAGCGCAGUCGAAAGUCGAAUGUUUGAAAUGGCGAGGUUUACCAUGUCGCUAGGUAUCGUGAAGAUGAGUGUUUCGUGUGGAAUUGCUGACAACUUGACACUAGCAUGUGGGAACCCAAGUGCACGCUAAUUAAUCGCAAACUACGGCCGGUGCUCUUAAAACCUGAAACAUUGCACAAACCAUCAACAAAAUUUAGCUCGAUUUGUACACAAAAGUCAUUCAACUUCUGAUUCAAUUUUUUUAAGGAGAGCGCCUUAUUAAUAUUUGACCAGGCAACCCUCAAAAGUGAUAGAUAUCACUGGUUUAAAGCAUUUUUUAUGUAAUACUAUUUGGAGUAAAAUCAGAUCGCUGGAUUCAUCAUAUCCUUGGAGUUGUUCUGGUUAGUGUAGCUUGGUUAUUAGAAGAAAAAAACUGAUGCAAGGACAUUCCAGAUGAGAUGUUGUGAGGGUGUCUGACUUACAAAUUUCAUCCUCACCAUGAUGAGGUAUAAUGGGGAAGAAAUUCACGUAAACCCGAAUUUUAAUUGGAGUAUCUUUAGACAUGCCAUUGACCAAGGAUAUUAAACUCAUUUGAAGGAUUGGAAAUCGUCUACGGAGUGCUGACUUCCUUGCCACGGGUAAAAGCAAGUUACAGAAAGCCAGAAAUAGUAGACCAAGACCUUUCGAGGCUCUGGUUCAGAACAAAUAUGGCAACCCUAGGUUCCGCUUAUGGGAAGAUUUUACUACUUGGCAGCAUCAUUCCUUGGCAGCUGUUUACUAAAGGCUAACAUCAAUCAAUCAAAGUGUGCAAACCCGGACCGUGUGUAUGUGUGUGUUGAUGCUACAUUAAGUUCCUACCAGAGGGGGUUACUAAUUUCCUUGCCUUAAGUUUGUCCACUAACCGCGAACUACGCACGCUUGGGUCGGUCGGUCCGAAUGUUCCCCCAUGAAUAAAACCCAGCACCAAACAAACCAUCAAAAGCAUCCUAAAAUCGACUGAUAACGAGGAGAGAAGGACACACCGAACGAAGCACAGCAGGUAACGUUUGUUGCGGAUGAUCCACGAUUGACCUAAGCAACAAAAAGAAAAAGAAAACCCGUGCAGUAACAUAGAAAACAAAAACAAAAAGAGAAAACAAAACUGGUACAAACAAAUAAAUAUCGUAAAGGACAUAUGUGUAUGUAACAAUACAAAAGCACACACACAUGGUGAAUCUCUCUUUAAAUCUCUCGAUGGUGUUCGCGGUCGGUAUCGCCAGUAGCAAGGACAUAUUUUAGAGCAUUUCUAACUAGAUUCGGUUUAAUUCGAUGUGCGUGCGUGCCUGUGUGCGUGGCCGAUGUAUGUGUGCGUGUGUGUGCAGUUGGUAGUUCGAAGCGAAGCAACGCGCGAGAAAAAAAUAAUCAAGGAACAAAACAAAUAUUAAUUAAUAUUAAAAACGAUCCGUCGUCUUAACGUCAUCCAUCGUCCAGAAUGCGAGUAGUUGUUGAUUUGUUACAGAAGAAAAAGAAAGCAAACAGAAGCAAAAUGUCGGUACUGUGGACACAAAAAUACAUGCUGACAAACUUAUAGAAGUACACAAUACACACACACUAACAACACUGUAAAGAGAACAAAACACAGAGUGUAUAAGUUAAAAUUCAAACUUAAAAAUAGCGAAAAACAAAACAAGCGUUGAUGUGUUUAAGGGCAGUAUGUGUACCUUUAAUUAUUAUCAUAACAAAAUAUACAUAUAUAGAUAUAUAUACAUACAUGUACGAAUAAAGUGAAGCUGAAUAUUUUUAAAACAAACAACAACUUAACAGAAGGCGGCAAGGUCCGCUCUAACGACCGUACGAACGUAUGAGUGGAAGAAGUUUGGGUUUUUGGUCUAACACUUUUUAAAACGGCAUUAAACGAUAUUCAAAAAAAAAAACAAAUGAUACUGGAACCCGGGCGUGUUUUGCGUUAGGUUGUUAGAUUGUUAAUUUGGGUUUUGUUUCUGUGUUUUGUGGUAAAAUAGUGUAAACUGGUAAGCAUGCGAAACAAGGCCACAGAGAGCGAGAGAGAGAGAGAGAGAGAGGACACAGCCAACCAUAUGUACGAAAUGAUGGACAAAAGGGCUACCUGGCACUUGGGAAGCUGCGUUUGGGGCUGGGACAUUGAAAGGAAAGCGGGAAAACCCGAAUCGAGGCAAGAGGAGGAGUGCAAAUGAUGGCAAAGACAGUGUGUGGUUAGGAAAUUCAACUAAUACAAUAAUUUUAUUAUGUGGUCUAUGAAUGUGAUCUAUAUUUAAAAAGAGAUGAGAAAAAGCAGAAAAAAGUAACAGCAAAACCGUAGACACUAAAUAAGUAGAUGUUAUUUUUUAAGGGCGACAGUUGAGGCAAAGGAACGAUAAACCCUACACACCCCCUCUGACACAGAUCGAAACAGACGAGAGCAGGACGAGAACAGGACACGUCGUUACAGAUGGGUUAAUAGUGACCGAUGAAGCAAACACUAUAUCACCCUAGAGCUACAACUACCAUCACUAUCAUCAUCAUCAUCGUCAUCAGAAGCUCGCUGUUGAUAAGGGGUUUAUACACAUUGUAAAGCGUUAAAAGGGAUCGAAGAGAAUCGUGCAUGUUGAGCAAAAGCGCAGCAGAUCACGCGAGCAGAAAACGAAACAACCAUAGUUGGAAAAGCAAAAAAAAAACUAUUCAUUAACAAGCAAACAAAUGAACAGAUGAAACACACAACAGCAGAGAAACAAGAAACAUAUUAAAAUAAUCUGGUUAUACGAGAUGCAGCUUGCUGAAUAGCAUUUAAUAAUCUCAAUAAACUCGUUCAUUGUGUAACUGAAAGCAGCCAAGCAUA